AUGAACUCAAUCUAUCUGACAUUCGCUACAUUUUUCUGCAUCGUGGUAGUAGUUGAAUCACAGACAUGUGCCUGGACAACAUGGGGAGCAUGGUCGACGUGCAGUGAUACAUGUGGCAACUGUGGGACUCAACAGAGAACGCGUACAUGCUCACCAGCAUCAACGACUUGCACGUGUACAGGAGAUUCAAGCGAACAACAAGUUUGUGCUCCAGCCAUCUGCAAGUUUCCUAGAACUGCAUGUUGUUCUGGAUCCCCUGCAUCAGUGGAUGGAUUGUUUGAAUGUGCAUAA